GUUACAUCUCCAAGCAGGUUUUACCGGACGGUCGCGGAGAACGUGUUUCACAUCCAAGUUGUUUGGUUUUUAAAAAUAAAUGACGGUCAAUAUAAAUUCUGCUACGUUUUGUGAAAUGGACGUUGGAUCCGUGUUUCACAGAUAAUUUUCUCCAGCGUUAGUGAUUGGGUUGACGUUCCAAAGGGACAAGUGACUGGCAGUUAAAAAGUUUUAGUUGAAUAAUUCAGCCGAAAUCGAACUCGUUAUGUGCACUGUGGAUAGAAUACUAUUCAUCUCGUUAAUUUUUUGUAUUUCUCCUGCGAUAUCACAAACUUUUCCUGAUGGCGCAUCGAAUUUACCUGAGUCUGAGUACGAUGGGUCAUCCACGCGGGAAGCACAUACGCCCAGAGCUCGUCUUCGACCGUUAGGCGCACCAACACAACGGACACCCACAGGAGGCAGAAUAAUUUUCCCGGGGGAUCCCGAGGCUUCCAAACUAGCCUCCAGGAUGUCUCCGGAUCUGACAGCUGUGUGUUCUGACUCUACGUACUGCGAAAAUGUGCCUAAUUAUCCGAAAGAGUUUAUAAUGAAUGCUCUCAAAGCCAGACAGAAUGAAUUCAAACAUUUGGCCACUGUCGAUCCUCCCUUCGACGUUGGUCAGAGGAUCGGAGUGUCUGAGUACGAGACCCUCUGCGAUAUUGAGGUUGCCAUUGUUUAUCCACAGGCAGCGAAAACCACCAAGGAUGAAUGGUUGUUCAUCGUAAAUACAGAGUAUAAAGAGGAUAAUGAAGUGAAUUUUCAACAGGGCUUUCGUAUUGAGAAGUGCAUUUUGCAAUUUUUCAGAAAUCCAAACAGCACUUGCAAGAUUGUGGAUCAUGCUGCAGCCUCGUCGGGAUACGAUACAGUGUGCAAACAGCAACACAUUACGCGGCAAGCACUAGGCGUUAAGAAUGGUGAACUGGCAGAGGGUAUCAUCAUGCUGCCUGUAAGUUGCUGCUGCUAUCUCAAGUACAGAGGGGAUGUGUUCCCACGGAUGGGCGGGAGCGAUGCUGAGAGUUCUGCUCAUCGGAAAGGAACUUCAUCGCGUCGUCACUGAUAUUGACUGCAGACGAGUUUACAAUUAUUUAUAAUUUUCAUACAAUUUUACAUGUAAAUUUUCCGAAGCCCAGACUGGCCACAAGAUGUCGAUCGAUCUUUCUAUUGAGAGCUGUCAUUCCCAUGAAAAAUAGAGCUGAUUAGUCGUAAUUGCGUGCAUUUUUUGAGUAAUUUAGACCCAUUUAACCAUGUUUUCCAUAACUUUUUCGUUGUCUCAACGUGACACUCAAAUUGCCAUGUAUCUGUUCAGUCGAA